UGGUCCACCAGACGUCGGGCGUCAGACUGUGCAGAGCUGCUGGAGGACCCUCUGCGUGGAGGAUGCGAUGCUUCCUCCCGUAGUUUCCCCGGUUCCUCCCACCCACGGUCCACGGGCAUGAAGGGAUCUACUUGAUCCCGCGUUCCUGUUAAAUCACCAGCUGGUUCGGGAUCUGCUCGGGUUUAUGCAUCGGGUCUUUCCAGCUCGGUGAGUGUCAGUGGGUGCAUAUUCCCCACACACCACCGAUGCUGCAGGGAGCAGACGGAGCUACAGUCGCUGGACAUGCCGUUGUUUGCAGCCUCUAGGCGGGAGGGAGACGGCCGCUGCGGCCGGCACAGAGCGCCGUCAGACGGGGAGCGGCUGCGCUCCGUGCGGGAGCGGCUGGAGCUCAUGGUGUCGGUGCUGGGAGAGCUGGAGUACCUGCGGCACCGGCAGCAGCUGCUGGUCCUGAGCGCCCUGAAGGAGGAGGUGAAGGAGGUGAAGGAGGCGCGGAGCGAUGCUCAGCUGAGCUGCGAGGAGAACAUCCUGGUGCUGCGGAAACAGCUGAGCUGUCUGAGGAGGGACGCUGGAGUCAUCAGCGAGUUACAUGAGCUGGACCAGCAGAUCAACGAGCUGCAACUGGAACCGGAGCCGUCACAUGACCAACUGGAGACUGACAGCCGGCCCAGCUCAGGGUUCUAUGAACUGAGUGACGGGGCCUCUGGCUCACUCUCCAACUCGUCUCACUCGGUCUUUAGCGAGUGCUUCUGUUCGACCGCCGACGCUGAAGGAUACUUCCUGUCUACAGAGGAGCUGGCCAGCUGUUUGGAGUAUGACGUGCUGGUUGGAGGAUUUUAUGACGACUCGGGUUCCUCUGGCGUUGUCCGCCGCUCACUCUCAGCUCCUCACCAGGCUUCUCUGGAGGCUACGUCACUGGCUCCCACCGACUCCCCAUCUAAAAAUCUCUGCAAUUUUUUCCCCAGAAAUGCGAGCGACAUUUACAACUACCGAAGCCCGUCGCACGCUGCGGCCAUCCAAGGCUCUGCACUUCUGCAGGUUUCUGGUGACGGAGGUCAGUGCAGAGAUGAAGCUGGUGGUGAAUGUCUCAAAACAGAAACCUUCCCCAUACUCGGUUCUGUUUCAGGGUCUCUUAGACCUCAAGGCUCCACUUUCCAAACUCAUUCCAGUAAACACCUAGAGAAGUACAUCUUUGGUCUGCUGCAGCGGAGGGCCCAGCCCAUUAGGGCCAACAGACCCAGGACCAACAUCAGCACGGACCCCCUAAAGAGCGUCGUCCGUCAGCCCAGUCUCUGUUUGAGACAAGUAUCUGGUCCCUGUUCUGGUGCUGGAACUCUGCAGAAAGGGUCUGAAAUAAAAUCUGUGUUCCCUACUGGAGAAACCUCAGCAGAAGUCAUUACCAUCUCAUCUUCUCCGAGGCAAAGCUCUUUAGAAAGCAAAAAUGAAGAGAAGGGCACUCAGUGUGUUUCCCCUGAUGAUACAGUCAUCAUAAAAAUCAACAAAGGUGACUCAAACUCCAACCUGCAGAACAAUUGUUCUGUCACCAGUCGGGUCAAGAACACCAGGACAAAGAGAACCAUUAGCAAGACAGGCAAAGGGUCACUUUCGCUCUCUGGUGCUUCUGUCCCAACUCUUCUCACAGAUAACAAAGUUCAGAGAAGUCCAAAAUGUAACUCAUCAGACAAAGAGACGAGUCAGCCAUGUUGCCCUGUUGACCAAGAGCAGAUCGUCAAAGCAGUUCUAACAGCUAAAACACAGACUGGUGCUUCCAAGAAGCUCUCCAAGGCUCUACAAAGCUGCCCAUCAGAGGAGAACAAGUCAGAGCUGGUCCACUCCAGUGCAGAACCUUUUGCUCAGAAUCAUGAGGAAGACAUAAGAGUAGUAAGAAGAAGUCAUGUGGGGAAUGGCAACCUGGCCAAGCAGCAUAACGGUAAACACCGCAAAGGCAACAACAGGAAUGUUAAGAUUACCAAAGUGAAGAGCACCAAUAGAACAUCCACCAUGUUGGCUUCUGAGCGUAAGGAGGUGCCUUCAGAGAAAAAAGAUAAGUUCUGCCUUAACCCUAACAGGGUUCUUCAAAUAGACGAUGAAAGCUCCAACCAUGUCAAGGUCUCCAACAAAGGAACUUCAUCAGGCUUGAAAAACAUCUCUGCAUCCACUCUGUUAGCUGGACUCCCAGACAAGCAAGCAAGGUCAACACAAAUCUGCGUGAGAUCAGGAGUAUUAAAGCAGCAUCACCAUGGAACCUACCAUUCCCAUCUUCCCCAUGGUCGCGAACAGGUCAUCGUUGUGGCCAAGCCAAAGUACAAGUGGAAUGAUUACCGGCCCCUGCGUGCCAUCAAGGAAGUACCAUGCAACGGUGGGAACAAACACGGCCAGUGGCGGCAGAGAAAGAAGGUAGUCAGAAACUCUGCAGCCAAAACAUACCCCACCUCUGGGGGGCAGUGUAGCCCGUACUCCAAUGUUGCAGGGAGUGACUCAGAGUAUUCGGCCGAGUGUGUCUCACUCUUUCACUCCACCAUUGUGGACACCAGCGAAGACGACAAGUCCAACUACACCACAAACUGCUUUGGGGACAGCGAGUCUAGUGAGGAGGAAUAUGUGGAGGAGAACACCACCACCACGGACACUGAGGAGAGCGGAGGAGGAGGCCCUGGAGGGGGUGUGGGGGGUGGGACAGUCAGGCACAGGGGGCAGCUGAGGACGGCUCGGGUCACAGUAGGGAAACUGGAAAUGGACCCAGCUCAGACUAAGACCUUUGUUAAGAUUAAGGCAUCUUACAACCUGAAGAGGAAGAUACUCAGAUUCAGGUCGGGUUCACUCAAACUCAUGACCACAGUGUGACCGGACCAGAACCAGACCUGCUGGUUGUCUUACCCAGUUACUUCUGUUGCACGUAAAACAAAUCAAGUGGUAGAAAAAUAAAGGUAAGACAGGAGCUGGAAGGUACACAACAUGCAAAGCUACAGAAAGCAUCAAUUUAACACCUGACAUUUCUAUCAUCUCAGUCCUCUUCAGACUAAUGGAAGAAUCCAAACCAUCUUUGUAGAAGUUUUCUCCUGAAAUGAACAACAAUUCUGAUGAAACUUGCUUUCUAAACUUCUUCUUUUGUCGUUAUAAAAAACGCAACUGGCAAACAUUUAAACAUAUUAAAUCUGGGUUUCUAAAUUUACAAUAUGACAUGGUUGAGAUUUUGACAAAUGGUACUAAAAUGUCCUCCGGAAGUCCAGAGACUAAAGAAGCCUUAUUAGAAAUGCAGGUCAGCUAAACCGAACCCAGUUGAAACCAUGUAUUUACACUAACGGAUCACAACAUUCUGAAAUGUUCCCACUAAGCUCAACAGUGCAACAUUUCAACAUUUGGCAUAAUUCUGACAAAACAAACAUGGAAAUGAAACAAAACACGAAUGAAUAAAUCACCAUGUACCUCACAUUGUUCUUUCACAGUUCUUUCAAUGUUACCAUUCAACUCGAAAUGCGAUUUAAGGAAGUUUUUUCAACAUACCCAUCAAAAUUUCAUGAAUAUGUUUAUUAGUUCCUGUUUGUUUAUACUGUUAUAAAAAGCAUAACUGAGAGAAAACCUGUAAGCCACUUUGUAACUAAUUUGGCCGGAUGCUUAGGGUUAUUGUCCAUCUGGAAAACCCAUUUGUGCCUUCUUUAUCCAAGUGGUCACUACGGCCACACGCACUGGUUUUAGUUUCAUCAGACCACAGCACAUCUCCAAAAAUGAAGCUCUUUAUCUCAGAGUUUAUUUGCAAGCUGUAAUCUCAUUUUCACAUUACUUUUGGACUAAUGGCUCCUUUCUCCCUGAGUGGCCUGUCUGUGUCGGUACAGAACUUGUUUCAGUGUGGAUGAUGACACUCAGCAUCGUGUCCAGCUUCAGCAGCUUCACAAGGUUCAGUUUUUCUUCUGGGGUUGAUUUGUGCAUCUUACAUGCAAAACCUUUCACCUCUUUGACACAGGAGCGGGUGAUGGUUGGACAUUCUCAUGCUGUUUAUUCUCACACAUGAUUGUUUGAGCAGAUGAACGUGGAACAGUCACUUCAUUUUCUCGGUGCAGGUCGGAUAACUGCAGAUGUUUUCUGUAUAUGUGUGUGUGUGUGUGUGUGUGUGUACAGGAAGCUGGCGUAAUGCAACUAUUAUCCUGAACGUAUAAAGGGAGGCCAUUUUGGCUUCAGGGGAUGUGAGCGCUAUUCAAUUUCUUGUGUUUUUAUUUUGUUUUGUUUUUUCCGUCUUGAAGCUUGGUGGUAAAAUAUGAAACGUUCUGCCGUGUUCAGUGUUACAAAUUCAUCAUCAACAUUCUUGGGCUUUUUAAAAGCAACGCAGCUUGGGAGUAAAGGAAUUUCUUAAAGGUUUGUUUCGAAGCCAUUUUACUUGCUAAAACUUGUUGCUUUCUGCUUGUACAUUAGCUGCAUUUGGCUCGAGGCCUGAGGUUCAGUUUUGUAAAAGCAAUGUGUUUUUUUAUAUCCCACACUUUGAAGUAAGCCAUCAGUGGACAGGACAUGCUGUUAACAUGCUCGAUCAUAGCCAUGUUUUGUAUUCUUUAUUUACUGAGCGUUUCUGUUUGGCUCACAUUUCUGUAAUUGUAUUUUUUGCAGCUGUCUGCUGUUUUAACAUAUUUUUAAAGCUAUUUAUGCCUAAUAUAUUUGCUGUACAAAAAAACUCAUUGUUGACUCAAAGCCAGAUGGACAUCUGUUCCAGCUUUGUUUUAACUGCAGCUGAAAUUGAAAAUGAUAAAUGAUGUGAAUGCCUCGGGAAAGUGUCCACUUCCUGUGAUGACUGAACUCAGUUCUUUUAUUCGUAAGGCAACAACUGUCUUUGCCUUUAGUAUGUUUAUAGUUUUGGACAUGGGUUGUGAAAUGGCAAUACAUAAAUAAACCAAACUGAAUCAAACUACCACCUUGGCAGUGGGAUGAGGGUUAAACCAGCCUGAGCCAUAAGCAAACUAAGCUCCUGGGUAGGGCCCCUAAUUCAUCAGAGAGCCUUAAAAAAUGCUUAGUUUUCCCAGAGAUCAGAUCUACGAAAUUCUUAUUAGUUUAUUCAGAAUAAGUAUGUAAUUAAAUUUGACCUAAUAUUUCAGAAUAGAUAAAAGCUUCAAAAUUGCCUAAAAUCGGCAAUUUUGCAGGUGCAAAAAAUAUAGUUUGAUGGAAGAGGGCCCCCAAAUAAAAUGUAGUUUCAGGCCUCAUACAACUUUGGACCGGCCCUGAACUGGAUUUAGCCUCAUCAUCAGGGUCUACAUGCCUUCUUUAAAAAGAAAUUAAAAGCCAGGAUUGCUCUUACUAACGUCACAAGCUGCCUUUCUGUUUCAAGUUUUCUUUGCUGAUAUUUUUUCUGGUGUUGAAGUUAUUUGUAUUUCAAUGUCGCGCCAGGAAAGAAAUCUUCAGUCAGUAGCUGAUUGUAGGAAUGUUUCUGGACCAACUUCAUGCAUCACAGCUGGAGAAAUGAACGACUGUUACCAAUAUAUGUGUGUAUUUAAUGUACAUGUACGCCAAUAAUGGUGCUUGACCCUUUAUUAAAUGUGGAUUUCACAAUUGUG